UUUAAUUUCUUUUGGCAGGCGUGCAUGGUCAACUUUUCUUCCCAGUGCACAUUGAGAAAUAUAAAGCUGAAUAAGACAAUGCCUCCUUUCGAGAGACCACCACCUCAAAAACCAUUUAAGCAGAGGAAAACCUUUGCAACAAGAAAACUGGAGGUUGCGGGGAUCCGAUCAAAAUUUCCGACUAAAAUUCCGGUCAUAAUUGAGAGGUAUCAACGUGAGAAGUUUUUGCCGCCUCUGGAUAAAACGAAAUUCCUUGUCCCGCAAGAACUUUCCAUGACACAAUUUGUUACAAUUAUCAGAAAUCGGAUGUGUCUGAUGCCAAGUCAAGCCUUCUACCUGCUCAUCAACAACAGUGGACUCGCCAGCAUGUCUCUCACCAUGGCUCAAGUAUACAAAGACCAUAAAGAUGAUGAUGGCUUUCUUUACAUGACUUAUGCCUCUCAAGAAAUGUUUGGCGAUUCUAUUGAAUCUUGACCAGUUUGGAAAGUUGGGCGUUCCUAAUAGUGGGUGAUUAAUGCUUUAUGUACAUAGAACAUGAGUUUUGUAUUGAACAUUUUUUAAUAUCCCGUGAGUAAACUGUCUGUUUUAAAUGUGAAGGUAAUAAAUUGUUUGCAGCUUUGUGGACAUGGUUAGU